AUGCAGCCAGCAUCAGUAGUUGUAUCGCUCACAUUUCUCGUAACUAUAGUUUGCGGGUUUGUCCUCCCAGAUUUUAACCUUGUCUUACAAGGUGUCACUAAGCUUUUGUCAGGAAAGUACCACGAAACUGCGCCAACAGAACCCACAUUUGAGGAAUAUAAAGCAAACUUGAUCAAUCUCAAUAAAGUAGUUCCCCACCAUUAUGUUGUUAUCUUCAAGGAAGACUUAUCGCAAAGUCAAGUAGAACAAUACACACAAUGGUUGCAAGUGGAAUACAACAACAUGUUAACCAUUGCGGAAGCUGCUCCAAGAGGAGUGCAGGUUUUGAAAAAGCUUGAAUUUUUCAAUGUUGAAGGUUUAUUUAGAGGCUUUACUGGAUUUUUUACCGCUGAAGUCAUUUCGAAAAUCAAGAACGAUCCCCAUGUCAAGUUGGUUGAACAAGAUGCUAUUUUUAAAACUAAUGAGUUUGAUAUCCAAAAAGACGCUCCUUGGGGUAUAUCCAGAAUUAGUCACCGUGAGGGUGGAGACGAAAGAAAGUACUUUCACGACAAUGAAGGCGGUAAAGGUGUGACCGCAUACGUGAUUGAUACGGGUAUCAAAGUGGAACAUGAAGAGUUUGAAGGUAGAGCACAAUGGGGUGAUGCUAUUGCAUUCCCAAAGAUCAAGAUCGACGGUCAUGGACAUGGAACCCAUUGCGCGGGAAUAAUUGGGGCCAAGACUUACGGUAUUGCUAAGCAAGUUGGCUUGGUUGCAGUUGGUGUCAUGAACCUAUUGGGCUCUGGAACCACGUCAGAUAUCAUCAAGGGUGUUGAGUACGUUGUUCAGAGCCACCAAGAGGAUGUAAAGAGCAGAAAGAAGGGCUUUAAAGGAUCGGUGGUGAAUAUGUCCAUUGGAGGAGGAGUCUCAGAAGCAUUAGAUUUGGCUGUUAAUGCUGCUGUUAAAGCUGGUUUACACGUUGCCGUUGCUGCUGGUAACGAUGAUGCAGAUGCUUGUCAAUACUCACCUGCUAGAGCAGUCGGUCCAAUCACUGUUGGUGCUUCAAAUAUUGGAGAUGCGAAAGCCUCGUUUUCGAACUGGGGAGAAUGUGUUGAUGUGUUCGCACCAGGAGAAGCAAUUGAAAGUACCUUUAUCUGGUCUGAUUCAGCUGAGAUGUCGGGAACUUCGAUGGCCAGCCCCCAUAUUGCUGGAUUGUUGAGCUAUUUCUUGUCAUUGCAACCAGAACAAAGCUCUGAAUACUUCACUGGAUUGAUCGAGCCUGCUGCCUUAAAGACAAAGUUGAUCAAGUACGGUACAAAAGGUGUUUUGAUAGGAUUAGACGCUGCAACUCCAAACAUUUUGGCUUACAAUGGAGCUGGUGGUAACUUAACAGACUUCUGGAAUAUUUAG